AAGAAACAUUUUUUUGGUGCGAAGGGCCGAAGGAUACAAUUUUCUGGAGAAUGGAAAAUGAAAAUGUGAAGCUAAUUGUGCACAGUAGUUUCUAUUCCAUGAGCUGGUGAUUUCUUCUCCAUCGCCGUUUUCCUCUGAACUCGUCUUAGAGGUGCUGUUUCGAGCUUCAAUGGAUCCAUACCAAGAAGACCGUCUCAGGGAAGAAGUGAUCUACCUCCACUCUCUCUGGCAUCAAGGCCCACCAAGACCCCAAAACCCUAUCGCGUACCAGACUUCCCUUCGACCCAUAAAUCCUACCCAAUUCAAGAGAAGGGGGAACCCAACUCCAGCGAGACGCGGCAAAUUCGAGACUGAAUCUUCAGAUUCCGGCAUUGAAUGGCCCUGCAAGCUCAAAACAGAUAAGCCGCCGGAAACUGAUGCUGGUUGGCCCAAGCUAUUGGUCCCGUCAAGUUCUGAGCGCCGCUCGUUAACAACCGAAGAGCAGGCCCAAUUGGCCUCCAAUCAGGCACAAAAAGCUGCGUUGAAGGCUGUAAGUGAUUUCCUCUGUAAUGAAGACAGCUCUGAUGACGAAGAAGCAGAGGAUGAAUACAUAGAUGAUGUUCAGGAAGGAGACAUUGAUAAUACAGCAAAGGGAGAAGUGCGCGAAAGCUUAGAUUUUUUUGUGAAAUUGUUUGAGAAUGAUGGUGCUUUGAGGGAAUACUACGAGAAGAACUAUGCGGGUGGGGAAUUCAGCUGCCUAGUGUGUUUUGCGGCCGGGAAGAGAAGUGUGAAGAAGUACAAGGACUGUCUGGCUUUAGUCCAACAUUCUAUUUCUGUAACCAAGACCAAGCGUAGGCAGGCUCAUCGUGCAUUCGGGCAGUCAGUUUGUAAGAUUCUAGGAUGGGACAUCAAUCGUUUGCCACCUAGUAUUGCUUCAUCACAACUAGAAAAUAAACUAGGUCUUUCUUCCGACAGCCCUGUUGAGGGUCAGCAUAAUGAUAAUGCAGAGUCUGUCUCUAACAAUAGAGGUGAUGGUGGUGGUGAACUCAUAAUUAAUGAAACCUUAGAAUCUAAUGAUGGUGGAUCUUCACUGCUUGAGGGUAGCAUUGACGACUGUCUUAGAGACGACUUCAAUCUCCAAGAAUUUAUUAUGGACAUUGUGUAUGGUAGUAAUGGGGAAGUAUCCCCUCAAAACAAGUCCCUUAACAGUGACAACCCACAAGAUGACACUGAUAGCAGAUCUCCAUUUUUAGUGGUUAGUUACGUCUACCAUUUUGUUCUUUCACUUACUCAGUGUGCUGUACAUGAUUCUAGGUUAAAUGUCUUUUUUCUAGUAGAUCUAGCCAUCUAGGGCUACAUGCUGGAGUCUUGUGCUAUUGUAUUUGCUUCGAUGUUCUGUUUGGGCGUUGUUUCUUCUCAUGUAUUUUUUUUUGAAAUUCUCAUGCUGUGUGUUGAGAAGAAAAAUUGUUAUUAAUAGAUAUCAUGCUUUGAGUACAAAGAUCUCCCACAUAUAUAGGUACAAAGUUUAGGAGUACAUGCUUAGGAGUAAAUGCAAAAGUUAGCUCAAUUAAACAAGGAAUGGUGGAUAAGAAAGGACUAGAUAAUAUCCAAUUAAUCUAAGGAAGGGAAAGAAUUAAGAGAUAGCAGUGGAUGCAGCUACGGUUGCUGGAUAGGCUGGUGGAAGCCUGGAAGGGUGUGAUGGAGCCACAAAGGAACCUGCAAAGGAGGAGGAGGCUGGUGUGCAUAAAAAUGAUUAGGAUGAUGCGGUUUCAAAUCUGAAUAUAUGCUGCAAUCGUCCUAGCGGGAUCAGAAGCAUCUGCCUUACUGGGUAGAAUGCCUUCUGCUGUAAUCUUAACCUGAAUAUGCUGCAAUAUUACUUGACACUUGUCAGACCUCUGUUUAGCAAGAGUGUAAUCUUAGACUUCUCAUCUAGUUACAUGUUCAUUGUUGACAAAGUAGAAGAAUCCUUACCCACAAUUUUGCUAUGAAUUGUUAAUAAAGUAGAAGAAUCCCUAACCAAAAGUUUUGUCAUUCAGUCUUUGAAUACAUUCCACUCUAGGGCGUACAUUAUUUUCGUCAAUCCCAUAUUUGAUCCGUGUCUUUGACUCGGUCCACUUUUGGUAUGUGAUUAUAUUGUUUUUGCUCAUUAGUGGUUCUUCCGGCCAAAUUUUUUGGCAACAUGAGGGACUUUACCCGUUUGGACAGGUGGGCAAGAAUCGAUAGUCAAGUACUAAAAAUGGGCGAUUCCAAAGACGUGGAUCAACUUUGAGAUUGAUAUAAUACUGUAGGACCAAAAGUGAAAUUAUUACGUAGUAUGUCUUUGAAGCUUCUUAGAAAAACAAUUUGCAUUGGAACACAAAAGAUCAAACCCUUAUAUAAGCAAUACGAAACUCUUUCUUUCCCAACCAAUUUGUAAUAAUUUGAGUUGAGGACAUGAGGGUACACUUACAUGACCCAUGUAGCCUGGUCGGAAUGUAGAUAUAAAUAGAGAUGAUGAGAUGGGAGCCUUUUGGAUGCUUCUGAGACUGGUAUUAUGCUCUACUGCAGCAGAGCAAAUGCAGGCACACAUGAAGGAGAGAUUUUGUUGGUUAAAAAAACUAUUCCCUCACGAGUGAAUUUGUUACGUAAGAAGGCUGUUAAUGUAUAUUGUUUGUAUGUAGCUGUAUGGGCUGGCCCAAUGCCCUCUAGGAUUUGUAGAUACGUCUCGUGUAAGAUAUAUCAAUACUCCUUUGUAACCUUAUUGUUACUGAAAUAUACUGUCAUUGUUGUUGCCCGAAGGCCCCGAAUAACUUCAUUUGUUAUCAGACGCAAGUGGUACUCAACUAUUC